AUGUUCAGAAGGCUACUGACGGCGACAGUGACGUUUUUCCAGUCUUUCUUCCUUCAAGAGAGUCAGCUCUCUCUGGCACAAAAAUGGGUGUUGGGUUUGGUUAAUCUAGCUGCUGUGGUGCUUUUUUGGGUCCUGUCCUCGUUCCUCGUUAACGAUCUAUUCGAGACAAAGAUCUAUCGGAAACCGUUCUUCAUAACAUGGAUCAAUACCUCCUGUUUCACUUUGUUCCUCAUACCGUACAUGAAGUACGAACGUCUCUCGGUGAAUGGCUUUAUUGCCGUUAUUCGCAGAUCUUGGAAUCAACAAAGGUACACACGUCUUAGAGACCAGGAACUGCUGCCUGAAACGCCGAAUGAAUAUGGUCUGCUGAUGGAGCAGCUAUCUACGGCAGAGCCCCCACCGGAAGUCGUCAAGCCUGCUGAUGAGGAGGUGCCAAUGAUCGAAACAAUCAAACUUUCCCUCCAGUUCAUCGUGCUCUGGUUUCUGGCGAAUUUGGUGACCAACUCGUCGCUAUCAUACACUUCUGUUGCGUCUCAGACGAUUUUGUCCUCGACAUCGUCAUUUUUCACCCUUAUCGUGGGACACUUCUACCUGGUUGAGACGAUCAACAGAAACAAGAUCAUUGGGAUUCUUCUUUCCUUUGCUGGUGUUCUCAUUGUAACAAAGAUUGAUGCCUCAGACUCCAACCAGACCCCAACAGCCUCGUCCCCAAUGCUUAUACUAUGGGGCAACUUUUUGGCUCUAGCUGGAGCACUCAUCUAUGGUGUGUACACCAUUCUCCUUAAAAAGAAGAUUACCGUUCCCGACAAGCGGAAGGAGCGUAUUUUGAACACCCAUCUUUUCUUUGGCUUUGUCGGGCUCUACUGCCUUGUGUUCCUCUGGCCCUUGAUCAUCAUUCUCCAUUUCACUGGCCUCGAGGAGUUCGAAGUACCAAAAGGCCUGUACGUUUUAGCGCUUCUAGGUGCUAAUGCCUUCAUUACGUUUAUUUCCGACUUUUGCUGGUGCAAAGCUGUGCUUCUCACCAGUCCCUUGACGGUCACAGUCGGUCUUUCGCUCACAAUUCCGUUGGCGAUGAUUGGCGACUGGUUCAUUAAAGGCUUCCAUGUGAACGCGUGGUACAUCUUCGGUGCUGCUGUAGUCACCGUCGGGUUUAUGGUUAUCAAUAGAGACGAAAAGGAGGAAUUCGUGGGAGAGGACCCAGAGGAGUCCUCCUAA